UAUUAAUUUUCGCACCCAUUAUGAUGGCUUUGAUCGAAGUUUGUGGAUCGAUAUAUAGGCGAAACGUCCUGAGUUAUAAAAAUCUCUACGGCUUUACAGAGGACAGCAGCUCCGUGAGAGAAACCUUGUCAUCAUUGGCUAACGGGGCACUGAAAUAUUUGUACGAAAACAAAGAUUUUAUUGACAAUAAAUUGAAAGAUAGCACACCGGAGCUUAAUCAAGAGUAUGAUUUUAUAAUUGUUGGCGGUGGCACGGCGGGUGCUACGGUAGCCUCAAGACUCAGUGAGAUAAAAGACGUGACGGUACUGCUCAUUGAAGCCGGUCCAAGUGAAAAUAUUUUUAUGGACAUGCCGUUACUAGCUCAUUAUCUUCAAUUCAGCAACGAUCUCAAUUGGAAGUUCCAUACUGAACGAUCCAAUUCCUAUUGUCGAGGGAUGAAAAAUCAACGGUGCAGCUGGCCGAAGGGUAAAGUUAUGGGGGGAAGCAGUGCUUUAAAUUAUAUGAUAGCGACGAGAGGAAUCGCUUUGGAUUACGACAGAUGGGCUGCCAUGGGCAAUGACGGAUGGUCGUCCGAAGAAUUAUUAAAGUAUUUUAAGAAGCUUGAGAAUAUUGAAAUCAAGAAUUUAAAGUACGAUAGGAUGAUGCACAGUACAAAAGGUCCAGUUCACAUAAAUUAUCCGCCUUACCAUACGCCAUUAGCAGAAAGUUUUUUAGAAGCUGGACUUGAAAUGAGAUAUCCAAUCAUAGAUUAUAAUGCUAAUCAAGAUAUUGGCUUUUCGUACAUCCAGUGUACGAUGAUAAACGGAACAAGGAUGAGCACCAACAGAGCAUACCUGAAUCCCGCAAGUAAAAGAAAAAAUCUGUUUUUAUCAAGGCUUAGUCACGUCAAUAAGGUGCUUAUAAAUUCGUUAACUAAACGUGCUUAUGGCGUAGAUUUUACAAAACUUGGCGUAAACUACCGGGUGAGAGCAAGAAAAGAAAUUAUUCUCUGUGCUGGUGCAAUUGGCUCGGCUCAAAUCUUAAUGCUGUCGGGUGUUGGUCCAGUUAAACAUUUAAAUGAAAUGAACAUUCAAAUGAUUCAUGAUUCACCAAUUGGCGAGAAUUUAAUGGAUCAUGUUGCGUACGGCGGUUUGAUUUUUUUAGUCGAUCAACCAAUUAGUAUUGCCAUCAAUGAUACGACAAAUCCUUUAAAGCCUUAUUUAAAGGACUUCUUUAAUAGACGGAUAGGGCCUUAUACAGUUCCAGGUGGGUACGAAGCACUAGCUUUUGUCAAUUUUGGCAAUCAUAGGACUUUAGACGGAUUUCCAGACGUUGAAUUACUUUUUAUCGGUACGUCCAUUAUUUCCGAUUACUCUCUUCGUAAUAUCUUAAAUAUAUCGGACGAAUAUUGGAAUAAGAUAUUUUCUAAAAUUGCUGGCCAUCAUUCAUGGACAAUUCUUCCAAUAUUAAUGCAUCCAAAUAGUAAGGGCAAGGUUUUACUACGAAAUAAAGAUCCAAAAUCGAAACCAAAAAUAUUUGCGAAUUAUUUCGAAGACCCGGAAGAUGUCAAAAUUAUGAUAAAAGGAAUACGGACGGCCAUUGAAAUAAGCAAAACAAGGGCAAUGCUACGAUUCAAUUCAAAGAUUUAUAAUUUCGCUGUACCAGGAUGUGAACAUUACGAAUAUGAUUCGAAUAAAUAUUGGGAAUGUGCUUUAAGAACAUUUACUUUUACAAUGUACGAUUAUUCGGGAACUUGUAAAAUGGGAGCGGAUAAUGAUGCGACGGGUGUUGUUAAUCCAAAAUUACAAGUCAAAGGUAUAAGAAGAUUACGAGUUGCUGAUGCAUCAAUAAUGCCGAAAAUUAUCACUGGACAUACCAAUAUUCCAGUAAUUAUGAUUGGGGAGAAAGUUGCGGAUAUGAUAAAAGAUGAUUGGGGCUACGAUAAAAAAUGCCCAUUAUAAGUUAGCAUACAUAAUAUAUAUGUUGAAAAAACUUUUA